UACACGAUGAACCCCUACGGACAAGGAUGGCAAGGGCAGCAGGGCGGCGCCGCCCCGUCGAUAUUCGGCGCACUCCCUUCGCUUCCCGCCUCGAGCAACAGCAGACCACUUCAGGGCGACACCGUCACAUUCCAGUUUACCAACUUCAAGACUACCAUCUUGAACUCGACCGUGUACGGGCCCCAGCAGCGCACCUGCUACCGUAUUGUUACGGAGGACUCGGCCCCGGCGUGCACGAUCUUCAAAGACAACGAGAGUCGUAACAUCGCCAUGAUUCAGUGGCAGCCCAACGUCCAGCUCGAGACUCGAGGCUCUGGCUCCAGAGUCCGUGUCCGGGACUGGCUGCGUCUCUCAUCGGACCAGAGCCGACGAGUUAUGGACAUCGGCGGUGUCCAGUACGCUUGGGCGCCGAUGGAGGGUUUCAUUUGUCUAUACAAGGUCCAAACCAGCGCCCCGAAGGUGCUCGGCCGCAUUGCACGAGUGCCGAAUAUGGUGACUCUUGAGUUGACCCAAGAAGCCAUGCAACUUGGAUUGCUGGAACCCUCGCUUACUGCGACCGUCCUGCUCAGCUGCGGCCACAACAUCGACUAGAUUGCAUGGGACCGCCUUCGGUGCUUUGCACAGCCGUAUGUGCGAAGACCGGAUUGUGGGAUGGUCUAGACGUCGACAAUGACGGCCUCCAGCCGGACCUACAUUUCUUGGAACACCUUGUGCAUAUCCACGUAGAAUUUCUUGGUCGCCUCGUUUUCUUGCUCAUCACAUCGUCUCAUAGAACAUAGAUUCCACUCCAUCACUGUAUUGUAUAGUCCUGAGACCUUCUUGUCU